ACUAUGGUACAAACCGUAUAUUCCAUCUUGCAAGUUCUGUAAUUUUAAUUAUACUUGUAUUAGAUCCAGAAUCUACUUGUAUUAUUGUAAUUUUCAGUUUUAAGCCUCUUUUAACAUUUUGUUGCAGUGGAAGAAAAUACCACCAGACGUGUUAUUCACAAAAGCUCAGCUUCUAUCUUUUUUCUCUCUUAAAUCUUCUCAAUCAUAAAGCAAAAGAGCAGUAUACAAGAGCAAAGAGAGAAACUGCGACGUGUCUGUGGGCUGUGGCUGUGAGUUGUGACAUUUGAGAGAGAAGGAUUCUACACACUGUCAUCACACUUGUAUCUCUUGGAGUCUGAAAUUCAGAGCAAUGAACUCGGAGAUUACUGCAGCCUUUGAGAAUGAAGAUCUGGUCGAGGAGUUGCCAAUUGACAUUAUUGAAAACGUUGAGACCGAGCCGAAUCCUGAUUGGUGCUGUAUUUUCAGGGUGCCUAAAAGGAUUCGUAGUGUAAAAAAAGAACUCUACACUCCUCAGUUAAUUUCUAUUGGUCCUCUUCACCAUGGCAAACCAGAAUUAGCUGAUAUGGAAAUGAAAAAGAAACAGUUCAUGAAAAGCUUUCUUCAACGAACAACAACCAAGAAAAUAGAUAAGAUUUUCAGCUACAUCAAGGAUAAUGAAGAACAGAUUCGUGCUUGUUAUGCAGAAACAUCUACAUUGGGGAGUCUUGAGUUUGUUAUGAUGAUUCAAUAUGAUUGUAUCUUCAUCAUGGAAAUCUUCUUAAGAAAGAGACUUCAAGAUAGAAGUGAUAUAGAUACAUUACCAAUAAUACAGUAUAGUUUACGGAUCGACCUGCAAUUAUUUGAAAAUCAACUUCCAUAUUUUAUUCUUGAGGAAAUAUACAAGUUGGCUUUCGUUGGCCCCGACUUACCUACCUUCAUGGACCUUUCUAUUGAUUUCUUUGGCAGCAGUUUUAUGGGUGAAAAAUUGAGUAGAAUAACUCCCGGGGUGGGAGUUAAACAUUUCACUGAUUGGAUAAGAAUUAGUCUACUCAAAGAGUACCCAGGUUCAAAGUUAGUCGAAGGAGUGAUUUAUGAUUUACCUUGUGCAGUGAAGCUACAUGAGUUAGGGAUAAAGUUUAUUAAAAAAGAACGGAGCUUAUUUGAUAUAGAAUUUAAAAAGCGAUGGGAGCGGAUCCCAUUUUUUGAAGUCUCUGAAUUGCAUAUACCACAGUUAGGUAUAGGUGAUGAGACUGAACUUCUACUCAGAAAUAUUAUUGCUUUGGAGCAGUGCAUUUACCCAAAUGAUGCUCUAGUUUGCGAUUACAUUCAUCUGAUAGAUUUUCUUAUCAAUACUGAGAAAGAUGUGGAUUUGCUUGUUGAAAAUCAAAUUAUUUCCAAUCAAAUGGGGGAGAAUGUUUCAGUGGCAACUAUGUUUAACACACUUUGUCAAAAUGUAAUUACAAGCAAAUCGCCCUACCAUAACAUAUGCAAGCAGCUCAAAGAACACUGCAACAAUCCUUGGAACAGAGCCAAGGCAACUUUGAAAAGAGUAUAUUUCAGCAAUCCAUGGAGGGGCACAGCAACUGUUGCAGCAAUAAUACUCUUGUUUCUUACUGUCAUACAAACCGUAUGUUCUAUUUGGCAAGUUGUGUAAUUUUAAUUGAUAAUUGUAUUAGAUCCAAAAUCUACUUGUAUUAUUGUAAUAUUCAGUGUGAAGCUCCUUGUUUUAAUAAGAAUAUGUGUUUGUAUA